GAGUGUUUUUCCCUCGGCUUUCUUCUUGACAAGCGAGAUUUCAACGUCUGAUUUUGUUGCUUGGAGCAGGCUAUUUAGUGUUUGGCUUUCAGAGACAAGGCAGAUAAGAAAGCGAUUCGAGAGAGGAGCAGCGAGCUCUUUUGCCCCGAGAGUCAGGGAGACAUUUUGGCAAAAGAGGAUUCCGCUACGAGACAUCGGCGGUCGCCUGAAGCCGUCCAAGAGAAAACGCAUAGAAACAUUUUCGGCAUAGAAAACAUAUACCCCCCUUUUUUAUUACCUCUAGGAACGUAUUCGCAGCAUGUUCCGCAACACGUUUCAGUCGGGCUUCCUAUCCAUUCUCUACAGCAUUGGCUCAAAGCCGCUUCAAAUUUGGGAUAAAAAAGUUCGUAAUGGGCACAUCAAGCGCAUCACGGACAAUGACAUUCAAUCCUCUGUUCUCGAAAUCAUCGGCACCAAUGUCUCCACCAACUUUAUUACUUGCCCCGCCCAGCAGAACAGAACCUUGGGAAUCAAAUUGCCGUUUUUAGUGAUGAUCAUCAAAAACCUGAAAAAGUACUUUACGUUUGAAGUCCAAGUGUUGGAUGAUAAGAAUGUUCGGAGGAGGUUCAGGGCAAGCAAUUAUCAGUCAACAACGCGUGUGAAGCCCUUUAUCUGCACAAUGCCUAUGCGUCUCGAUGAUGGGUGGAACCAAAUCCAGUUCAAUCUGUCCGACUUUACACGCAGAGCCUACGGAACAAACUACAUUGAGACUCUCCGUGUGCAAAUUCAUGCGAAUUGCAGAAUCAGGAGAAUUUAUUUCUCGGAUCGGUUAUAUUCCGAAGAGGAGCUGCCGCCGGAAUUCAAGCUUUUCCUGCCGAUUCAAAAGCAGGCUUAAGCUGUGGUCGUUUUGGUUGUAAACGUGCAUAGUGCUGGUCAUAGUACAUACUUUGUAUGUUGUUCAAAAAGGAACAUUUUCUCAGCAAAAGUGCAUAGUUCAUCUUUUUCAUCAAUAGAACACAAAGUGAAAUUAGAUACAAAAGAAAGACAAAAUGUAACAGUUACAAACUACUAGAACACUGCA